ACUGCAGUAUUGGAGAGGAAGACUUCAGAGCUCUUGCAUCAGCACUGACAUCAAACCCCUCACACAUGAGAGAGCUGCAGCUGAGUGGGAAUACAGCAAGAGACUCAGGAGUGAAGCAUCUUUCUUCUCCUCUGGAGGAUCCCAGCUGUAAACUGGAGAAACUAGUCCUGGAUAACUGCAGUAUUGGAGAGGAAGGCUUCAGAGCUCUUGCAUCAGCACUGAGAUCAAACCCCUCACACAUGAGAGAGCUGCAGCUGAGUGGGAAUAAAGCAAGAGACUCAGGAGUGAAGCAUCUUUCUUCUCUUCUGGAGGAUCCCAACUGUAAACUGGAGAAACUACACCUGAAUAACUGCAGUAUUAGAGAGAAAGGCUUCACAGAUCUUGCAUCAGUACUGAGAUCAAACCCCUCACACUUGAGAGAGCUGUGGCUGAGUCAUAAUAAAGCAGGAGACUCAGGAGUGAAGCAUCUUUCUUCUCUUCUAGAGGAUCGCAACUGUAAACUGGAGAAGCUACACCUGAAUAACUGCAGUAUUAGAGAGGAAGGCUUCAGAGCUCUUGCAUCAGCACUGAGAUCAAACCCCUCACACAUGAGAGAGCUGCAGCUGAGUGAGAAUAAAGCAGGAGACUCAGGAGUGAAGCAUCUUUCUUCUCUUCUGGAGGAUCCCAACUGUAAACUGGAGAAACUACACCUGUAUAACUGCAGUAUUGGAGAGGAAGGCUUCAGAGCUCUUGCAUCAGCACUGAGAUCAAACCCCUCACACAUGAGAGAGCUGUGGCUGAGUCAUAAUAAAGCAGGAGACUCAGGAGUGAAGCAUCUUUCUUCUCUUCUGGAGGAUCCCAACUGUAAACUGGAGAAACUAUACCUGUCGAACAGCAGUAUAACAGAUGAAGGUUUCAGAGCUUUAGCAUCAGCACUGAGAUCAAACCCAUCACCCCUCAGAAAGCUCCAUCUGGGGGGGAAUCAGCCUGGACCCUCAGCACAGCAGCUGCUCUCUGAACUGAAGAAACAUCCAAACUGUAAACAUAUAAAAAUACUUGGACUCUAAUGAAUCCAUCCUGUUGUGUUCCACCUGAAUCGUGUUUUUACACUGUGCAUAAGUGUUGCAGCACAUUCAUAUUUGAACUAAUAUGUUUUAAAGUGGCCUAUGUAAAUACAACUAUUGUAAGUAAUAUUGUAUAAAGGAUGUUUUGAAUAUAAAAAC